AUGACUUUCCGAGGAGCUGUUUUUAUCACCUGUAUUUUAGGACAUUAUUACUUAAUUUCAGGUGAGUUUUAAUGAUCUUUGUUUUGAAAAGGAGUCAAAUUACCCGAAAAAAUGUGCACGUAAGCUAAAUUAGUAAGAGCAUGUGCUCCUCAUUUCAUGCCUGAUCAUGCUGAACGAGGUGACCGUAUAAAUUGGCUCUGUGUAAGUACAUAGUCGUGCUCUGAAUAGCUCCAAUUGAUUGUUCCUUUAAAUAAAUCUUCUGUGGGGUUUCCCCGGACUCGCGAUAAAGGUUUUUUUUCCUUGUCACAUUAUACCUAAGAUCAUAGAAAAGUAAGAUCGUUUGUCUCACGAUUUAGUCGCUUCCGAUGAAGAUAGCGACGUGUCGACUGCUUACAGGUAGUCUUCUGAGGGUAAUGAGUUCGUUAUCUAGAGAAAAACGUCAAGUGCCUUAUUUUUAUAGACUCUGUUGAGCCAUCCUUUUAAAAUAAGCCUCUCCUUCCCUUUUCCCUGAUAGAAAAAGAAAGAGAAUCCAUCAUAUGACUAUCAUAAUGCUACGUAAAUGAUUACAUACAUUUAGGCUUUUUUCAUCAAAGAAAUGCGUACUUUAUAAGGUGUUUUGUGAUUCUCAUUGUGACUCUGAAUGAGCUCUGAUUAGCCCUCUCCUCAGCCACUCUCUUUAGUGAGCCACCAGACUGGAGGGCCCGAAAUUAGCCAUGAAGUUCCUCGAGGGCUCAUUAGACGGCUGUGGAAUAAUUUUGCCUCGCCAUGAUGAACAACCACAGCAUUAUUUAUGAAAAACCUGAUCUAGGCACUGUAGCACUUUAUCUGUAAAGUUUCAGUCAAUUUAGUGUUUUCAGCCCUCUUGCACACAAUAAAAAAACUUCCUAGCAAAGUUAAUCCACAUUUAGAUGUAAUUUCCGAAACAGUAAACGAUUUAAAUAGAAAAUAGAUGUUAGCCCAAAAGAAAAGAUCGAAACGUAUGAGGUGGAGCCCUAACCGCGGUUAUUGUGUUGUGCUCAUGCGCCAAACGCUUAUUCAGUGUUAGCAUCUCUCCCCGCUCAGGAGUACUUCGAUGAGUAAUGAAAAUCUGUCAGAGAAACUCAGCUCAAAAGAGGCUGAGGGAGACACCUUUAAUGGACUGGCGUCCCUUCUAUAAGAAACCUGGACUAGGUUGCUCAAAGCUGGGUUUAGAUCAACCCAGGGUUACUGUGAAGUCUGACUUCAUAUUUGAAAGCUUUAAUAGAAAACUCACUAUCAUUCCUUUUAUCUAAAAUUUGAUGAUUGGAUACUCUUAAAAGGAUAGAGAAAAUUGUCCAAAAGGGGCUUUUUAACAAAGGAAUAAAGAAAUCCGGAUUAAAAUUUAACCCAGGGAAAGCGCUAAUCGGUCUUCGGACAACUGCGCCCUGGCCCCUUAAUGCUGCAACGGAAACCUGGAUUUGCUCCUGUCUUCUGAGACAAUAGGCCAGAGAGCUCCUUUGACCUGAUAAUUAGAUAAUAUUUAUGCAUAACUCCCGUAGUAUUCCUGUCAACAGAAAAGGGGAGCCAGAUUUUUGAAUGCAGAAAGAUAGCGAUCCUCUUCUUACCAAAUAAAUACGUUACUGCGCCUUUCAAUAACACGCAAACUAUGGCGUUUCGAGCUCACCUAAAUUUCAUUCCAUUCUCCGAUCAAUCUUUUAUGUAACGGAAAUCAUGGGGCAGAAAGACAUGAACAUAACCUUACCAGUGUAUUUGUUUUCUAAGAGGACUGAAAAUUUAUUGACGGCAGCGUUAGACGUAUUUUCAGUGAUGCAUCUCUUUAUCGAUUGUCCAUAUUGCAACUGAAAUGUCCUUUCUCAAAAUGAUUAAUUUGUACCACAGUAGAAGACUUCCUACCAUAAACUUUCUUUUAAGAUUGGGAAAGGAAUGCGUAAGUUCAACAAAUUUAUGUUCCGCCUUUUUUUUAAUCUUUGCGCCCUUACCGAGUCUAUCUCACAAAGCACAGCGAGCCACUCUUGUGUCAAUGAAACUAUAAGUUUUGCAUUCUUUCCCUUAAAUUUUUCUUAAAUCAGGUGUUACUGCUCUGAAGCCCAAGAUCUCGGUGGUCGAUAAGGCUGUUGUUGCACAAAAAGGUUCCACAGUAACCUUGAUGUGCUCUGCCACGAGGGUUAGAAAACUUACAACCUCAAGCUCUUGGGAAUUCAACGGACAAGAAAUAAAGAAAAGAAACAACAAAAUAAUAAUACCAGAGCCACACUAUCAGACAAAUAAAAGAAAAGGAAACUUUACUUUAACCAUCAAGAAUGUUUCGGACACAGAUGUUGGUACAUACACCUGCAAAGUCUCCAAAAUAAACCUUGACGCGAUGCUUGAGGCAAAGGAGAAUAUAGAGCUGUCACUUCAGGAUGAAGGUGAGUUUCAAUUGCAAAUUUUUGUAUUCUUGGGCACUUACUGCUGCUAGUGUAGUAAUCUGAGACUCUGGCCUUUUCUCCAUACAGCUGUCUCUGUAAUCCUGCCUGUCGUUAAGGCACUUCGCUCCUACGUAGUGACCAGCGAGGGUUCCAAGGUUACUUUGACGUGCAUUGGUCGGAGGGUGAAAGCGCUCGAUACCAUGGUUAAGUGGAAGUUCGAGGGCCAGGAAAUCGAGGAAAGCUCAAACAAGAGAGCCAUUGUCAAAUUCCUCCCAAAGAGACGAGGGAAUUUUUCGCUACAUAUAACAAAUGUCUCGAAGGAAGAUAUCGGUAACUAUUCGUGUGUCGCAUCUACGGCCGACUUUGGAAAGGCGAUCGUCAAAGAGACUUUUAUUCAUUUGAAUUUAUUCAAAACUGGUGAGUAAGCCUUAAAACAAUGGCAUUCGUGCCCUCCUCUGAACCUUCAAAAGAGAGCCUUGCAAUCGAAUCGCGUAAAACAAAGUCCAGUCAGAACAAAGAGAACAUCAACAUGAGCCAAUUAGAAUUCCAAGUAAAGAGAAAACAUAUGCAUCUUGUAGAAGGGUAUGAAAAAGGGAAUUGAGGCCAAGCUACGUUUGCAUUUGGUUUGCAUCUGGCGUUAGGAAAGGGUAGAGGGGAUGACAGACGUGUCAGACCAAAUUUGAUUUAAUCCCUGAUAUGUUCACAUUUAAUAGGAAAAAGGUCUUGAUUGCAGUAUAAUUGCGUUUGAAGCCCUGAUAUGCAUUCGCAUAUUUGUGUAUUACGAAGAAAAUUGUUGACAUCUAUAUUUCUAAAUCUCUCAAAAUGCCACUUGACAAUUACUGUGCCCCAUUUGAUUUCUCGUAAAACCAUUUCACUGGUUUAUUUCCAACGCUGCUCUCUUAGUAGAAAUUCACUGGAACAUAAUCUGUGCAAAGAAAUGGUAAUUAAAAAGAAAAAGAACCAAUAAAUCAAAAUCAAUGGAGAACUGAGAAUAGAGAAUUUCCAUUUAAUCGCAGUAACACCGAAAUUGCCGAGACCCUUCAACUUUGACCAAAUUCCAAGGUUUUGCUGUUCACAACGAAUGUGUAAUUGAUGCUCUGAAAACUUAGUUUUUCAUUUAUUACCAAUUCUAGUGUCGUGGCCAAGAGGAACUUAUGCUUUGCCGAUGCCAAAUAGUGGCUGUCCAAUUACAAGUGAGUUCACUUGGUCAGCGGGUUAUCAUCGGCAAGACACAGAGGAAACAGGUCCACGAAGUAGUUGGUCCAGUCCACUUCACUUGAAAGGAGAUAAGACUCCCACCCAGAUUACUCAGCAUUUCUGUGUAAAGACAACUGAAACGGGGGGAAGACUUUGGCCAUCAGGGCAAUAUUGUAUAUACAGAAAGGGAACGUGCCCAGGCGGUAAGGUGUAUGGUUUUUGAGAGCGACCUUAUAUGAACUUAUCUUUCGCCAUUGUGGUUCAUGAACCUUGAACCUUUUUUUUUUUCGCUGGUUCUCAUUCUUUCCCUUGGUCUUUUUUUUUGUGUUAUGUGGCCCUACUUCUGCGAGAUAACCAAAACUGUGCAUUUUGAUCCGUGGCCAUCCCAGGAAAGGGUCUGUAAGAACUUGCAUGGUUCUGAUAUCAACUAUGAUGAUGUCGACCUCAAAAGCUUCACAGAUCUAACAGCUAACGUUUUUAUAAUAAAGAAUUGAUUUAAUUUCCGGACCAAAGAAGGCAUAUGAAUACUAAGAUUAGACAAUGAAAAUAUUUACAACCGAGUAACGAGAUUCAAGGUAGUUUUUUCUUGUGUGCGACAGGAUUUCAAGAAGGAGAGAUCAAAUGGGACGACGAGGACACGAAAAACGACAACAUGGCUGAAGGCAUUUUACCUGACGGUGAAUACAAAAAGGAUACUACUUUGCAGUUCUGCUGUCGAUCAGAUGGGUCAGCGGAAAACCCUAUCGAGCUGCCCAUUCGCGAGCCGUUUUUCCUCCUGAAGCACUCAGGCCGUUGCCAGGUAGUUUUGGGCAUGCGUGUCACAGAAGAGUGGUUAUUCUGGGACUGUGAAGACCGAGAAAACAAAAAUUCAUAUAAUGGAGAGGUACCAGCGUCUUUUAUUACGAAGGACGUCAAACUACAUUACUGCUACUACGAAAAACAAUAAAAAAAGGCAUGUGUUGCUCUUUGGGAAUGAAAUCUUCAUCUUAAGGGUCGGCUAACUUGCUAAAUUUUCAUUGAUAUAUUUUUGUUGCACUUUCAUACACUCAAACAUUCAGGUAACAGAAGCUUCAUUAAUUGUCCAGGAGGCUCCCCUUUUUUCAGCGCUUGGAUCAGAUAGGUAUUUAAAGUAAUUCUCUAGUUUCGGCGAUCGUGUAUCGUUGCUCUUUUUUCACCUAAUGCAGAUUAAUCUAUGAUUAACGUAAAAGGUUAUACUUGCACAGUCAGCACACACCCCGUUUAACUAAUCGAUGUGUC